AUGAAAAACAUGAAAAAGUGCUUGCUUAAUUAUCAGUUAAGUCUCUCUGAAAUCGCUAUAAAUAAUGCAAACGAACAUAGCGAAGUAUCUAUUGCCUCAGGACUAAAUAGCACUGACAAAGAAUAUGCUGCAGCUUCCCAUCAAUCUGCUUCUCUUUACCUUCUUGAGCGAGAUGAGCAUAAAGUUAAUUUGUUUAUUUAUGACACUAAAAGUGAAAGAGAAGAGGUGAAAAGAUUGAAGACUCCAAAGCCCCUAGACAUAUAUUCAUGCACUGCUCUACUUCCAAACUCUGAAUUAUUCUGUUUUGGCAUGUAUCCUCUUUUUGGGACAACACUAAUAUUUGAUAGUAAUUAUAAAGCUCAUAAGUUACCAUCUGGAACUCCUUGUUUCUAUUCAUCAGCUAUAUACUUCAACAAAAGCGUCUAUUGCUUUGGAGGGUCUAAUGACCAAGGGCUUUUAAAUCUAUCUUGCAGAUUUGAUUUAAAUAGUAAUCGAUGAAUUAAAUUAGCACCAAUGCCAAAACCUGAUUGGUAUUGCAAUUUGAUAACAUUUAAUAGGAAUAUUUUGAUUUCUGGGGUGUGGAAUAAAAAUAUUUGGCUUUAUUCAGUUGAUAUUAACUCUUUUUCAGUAAUUCCCUAUGAGUUUGCAUGGCUGAAAAGAAAGAUCCUGAUAAACGCAGAAGAGAGAUUGUAUUUGAUUGAAUGCGAGGGUGAAGCAAUUUAUGAAAGUAGAAUUGGAGAUGAGUAUGCUUGAGAAAGAAUAGGAAACUCAAUAAUUCCCUUUUGCCCUUCUUAUGUGUUUUGGGCAUAUAAUGAAAGAGGGAUCUAUAUUGGAUGUAUUGAAUAUAAGAACCGCAAAAAGACAAGACAUUAUUACAAAUUUAAUAUAGACAGAAAAGAGCUGAUUGAGCUCAAGAAUAAUAAGCCCGCAUGUAAUUUAUUUUAA